UUUCUAUAAAUCAUCAACUCUAAUCCAAUAUCUUUGUAUAGCUGGAAAACAUCAUAAGAUCCAAGAUAUUUCAGAGAUGCAACCAGUCGACAACAAAAAGGAAGACAAGAAAGCCACCGUCGUGCAACGUGCAGUUAGCUCUGACGAAGAGGGUCGAAAGAAAGCUGAAAGGGAAGAAAUGCCAACGCGGAACAUAGACACCAUUAAGUACUUGGAGAGAAAGUUGGAGGACAAAGGGAUACAAAGGAGGGAAAGACACCCGGCUGACGGGAUAGGGAUCGGUCGGCCACCUCCGAAGUCGGGUCAUGGAGGGAAGUACACGUGGGAAGGACCAGAUGGGGUGGCGGAGAACGAGCUGACGGCGGUGCCACCAGCUAUCGACGAGAAAGAUCCUAACUACGUGAACGAGGAGGAAGAAGAGAAGGUUGUGAACGACGUGGGUGAGCUGGUGGUCGGAGAAGUGGAUGUUGCAAAGGCUGCCGAGGAUCGAAAAGGGGUGGCUAGAGUUGAGGUGGAUCCUCACCUGGAGGUUUAACUAAUUUGAUUUGAUAUGUGUGAUUUACUUUUAU